GCAAAUGAGAGAUGUAUUUAAAUCCUAAACAUUAUGCCUCCUUUUAUAGGGAAAAUUUCCCAAACAAAAGUGUCAACCACCGAUGUAGGAUAUUUGACAACUUCAACAUGUACAGAAUCAAACUGCCAAAUGGUCUUGCAGUUUGUUACAUAAGAUUUUACUUCUACAAUCUGGUAAUAUCUUUGGGGUAAUAGACCUUCAUCUCAUUUCAUGUAACACCAUUCAGUUUGUCAUAUGCCUCCAUGUCCUUAGUGCUAAAAUAUAUGGCAAGACAGCAUACGUGAAAUUAUUAUUAAUUAUUGCUGUGUUUACAUUUUUUCAUGUUAUUGAACGACAUUUUAUUUCUUCUUUGCUUGUACAAGAUCAUGUACUCCGAACUUUCACCACAUGGGCCACUGAAAUUGUAUCACUUCAUUGCAAUGGUUACAGUAGUAAUGAUAUUUCUCUCUCAAUUUCCAUCCUUCCACUCCCUAAGGCACAUCAACUUGGUGUCAUUGUUUCUUAGCUUGGGCUACACUUUUCUAGUUGUUGGCGCGUGUAUUAAUGCCGGUAAAUCAAAAAAUGCUCCUCCGAGAGAUUACUCCUUAGAAACCUCACAACUAUCACGGGUAUUUAGCGCUUUCACUUCUAUCUCCAUUAUUGCAGCUAUUUUUGGGAAUGGAAUACUACCCGAAAUACAGGCAACUCUCGCUCCACCAGCGACAGGAAAGAUGUUGAAAGGCCUUAUGUUGUGCUACUCUGUAAUUUUGGUUACUUUCUACUCUGCUUCUGUUUCUGGAUAUUGGGUAUUUGGAAACAAAGUCAAUUCAAACAUUCUCAAGAGUUUAAUGCCAGAUGAAGGACCUUCCUUGGCACCGACAUGGGUUUUAGGUCUUGCAGUCGUCUUUAUUCUUCUUCAGCUCUUUGCCAUUGGUUUGGUAUAUUCUCAAGUUGCUUAUGAAAUCAUGGAAAAGAAGUCAGCUGAUGCAAACAAGGCUGUCUUCUCUCCUCGAAACCUAAUCCCGAGGAUAAUCCUCAGAACGCUGUACAUGGCCCUUUGCGGAUUCUUUGCAGCUAUGCUGCCAUUCUUUGGUGACAUUAACGGCGUGGUAGGUGCCAUUGGUUUUAUUCCUCUUGAUUUUGUUCUCCCAAUGCUACUUUACAACAUGACUUUCAAACCAAAGAAGUCAUCAGUUAUCUAUUGGAUAAAUACUUCUAUAAUGGUUGUAUUCUCUGGUGCUGGACUUCUAGGAUCCUUUUCUUCUAUAAGGAAAUUGGUUCUAGAUGCCAAUAAAUUUAAGCUUUUUAGUAGUGACAUUGUUGAUUAACCUCUUUGUUUAGAUGAUAACUGUAUACUAAUUUGAUCAGACAUAUGUAUGGAAGCUGUACGCAAAUCUGUAUUUCACGAAGUAGCUAUCUAGUCUUUGCAUAACCA